AGAUGGAACCGUUUUUAUGUUUUCAAACAUGUACAAACAAAAUACAAAUGUAUAAAUCCAAAAAUAAAGCAAAUACAAUGUCAAAACAAUGUAGAAAAGGGCUAAAAAAAAGACGAAGCUCAACUGAACUAUAAUUUUCCAAAGAUUUAUUCCAAGGAGUUUCACUAUAAUAUGUUAUAACUCUUGUUAUCUUUGUUUUAAACUAAUAAUUUCAUAGCCAAAAACAUUUUGAAAACUUCACGCUAAACCUUGAAUGAAAACUAAACCAAUUAAGGGGACAGUUUCCUUCCUGCGUUAUUGUAAUCAACCAAUGUGACUGGCAGAUUCACCACUGAGUUUAGAGACGAACAAUGAUGUUUGCACAAAAUACAUUAAAAUACACAUAAAAAUGUCUUCAGGAACAUAUGUGUGCAGAAAAUCAUUGACGUAUUCUUGGAUAUGAGAGUGUUUUUUAUGUGCUUGAUAUCUCAGAAAGACAAAAAUCCUGUGAUGAUGAUGAGACAGGAGGCCAAGUUUCCUUAUGUUGAAAUUCCUGAAAUCGACUGUCAGAUCCUGGAGAUGCCUUACGAGGGGAAGGAGCUGAGCAUGCUCAUCUUUUUACCACAGGAAAUACUAGAUGAGAGCACAGGACUGGAGAGGCUGGAGAAACUAUUGACCUACGAUAAAAUCAUGGAGUGGACUUCUCCAGAAAAAAUGCCUCUGACUAAAGUCGAUGUUCGUCUUCCUCGAUUCAAGAUGGAGGAGAAGUAUAACUUGAAGAAAGUGCUGACUCGCAUGGGCAUGGUGGAUGCUUUUGAUGACAGAAAGUGUAAUUUCUCAGGUAAGAUGUGUGAAAGUUCACAGUUUACUAUGUCAAAUGAGUGUAUUCACAGAAGAAAGUUUGUCAGCUCUCUUUGAUGUUUAUGAUUGUUUUUUAUUCUUUUUUAUAAUUUAUGUUUUUAUUUAUAUAUUAACCCUUCUGUUACAGGCAUGUCCGGGACCCAAGACCUGUUUCUGUUUGAGGGCACCCACAAAUCUGUUGUGGAGAUGAAUGAGGAGGGAACUGAAGUAGCAGCUGCUACUGAAGCAAGUUUCUGUUACUUGCACACUACUGCAAAGCAAUACUUUACUGCACACCACCCUUUCCUCUUCUUCAAUUGUCAUAACCUCAACAGGAAUAUUCUGUUUACUGGACGCUUCUGCUCUCCUUGGUGAUCUUUUCAAAGAAGCGAAUAACCUCAAAUUUUUUUUUUUUAACUAAGAAAUAAAAAUCACAUGUUUCUUUAUUCCAAGUAGAUGUUAAAUAAAGGUAACUUUUGGAGCCAAAUGGUUUUUUAUAGAUUUGUGUAUCAACAGACGUCAAGGGGCUUAACAUUUACAUUUACUGUGACAGCUGUAACAGAUUUCUUUAGAUCAAAUAUUUUUUAUUUUAUUUUUUCAGCAUGUAAGCGAAACACAAAAACAGUUAAGUGAAAUGCUAAACUUUUGGAUAAAUUGUAUCAUUUAAUAAAGCAGGACUCCUAUUUAAACCUUGUUCUUGUCAGUUUUAUCAUAUCCUGCUUGAUCAAAUCACAUUAAAGUUGAAGUAUCUUGGUUGCCUUGUCCCAUUUACAGAAUUGUCUGUCAGCAGGAUAAUAAUUCUAAAUUUAAACCCAAUAUCUGCCACAACUAAUGGGAUAUAAUUAUAUUAUAAAAAUAAUCUCCUAUUUCUUUUUUUUCUAUGGUAUACAGUAGAGAUUAAUCAUUCACUUUCCGUUUAUUGGUGUAACAUAUGGUUUGGUCCUAAACAGAGAAUUGUGGCAUUUGUAGUAUUUAGUACAUGAAGUGUACUAAACUGCUGAAGCCAGCUCAUGUCUACAGAGGACGAAAACUCUCCAGAGGCCAGAAUUGGAAGAAUGUGAUUUGGUCAGAUGAA